AUGGCAGAAGCACCGCGAGUCAAAUAUCGGCCACUCGCACGAGGAGAUGAACACGAAAUCCGCCUAUUGCAUCUUGAGCCUCGUUCGUUCUCCAAAGGAAUUUCUUGUUACUUCAGCUACGCAUUUCUAGAAGACAAUCCAGUCUACGAAGCUUUGUCUUAUAUGUGGGGCCUAGAACAAAUUUGUGGGAGUAUAGUCGUCGAUGGCACACCUUGUAAAGUGAGAAAGAAUCUUUUACUAGCAUUGAAGCGACUCAGACUCCGCGAUGAAGAGCGCAUACUAUGGGUUGACGCUCUAUGCAUCGAUCAAGACACGCCUGAUGAGAGGAAUCACCAGGUGUCUCAGAUGGGCCAAAUAUAUAGCCAAGCUCGAAGGGUAUGCGUCUGGAUUCAUCCUGAUCAGCCAGUCUUCAGACAAAUCCCUCAAUCGAUUAGGCCUGCUGGAAUUGAUUCGUCAUCAAGUUGGCUCACAUAUGAAGUUGUUCACGAAAUAUGCCAUCAGACAUAUUGGAGCAGGCUUUGGAUUAUUCAAGAACUGGUUUUAGCUGCGGAUAUACAGCUAUACUUUGGGAACUUAACAGUCUCCUGGGCGGCUUUUUCUGCAAGUUUACGCGGACUAGGCUACAACACGAAAUCUCACGAUUUGAUGACAGCACAUCUCAAUACAUAUGAUACAACGCCUGCGAAAUUACUACGUCUGUCAGAUACAAAUGUCGACCAGAUCUCGCAACCCAGUGAGCAUACGCUAAUUCAUCUCAUGACAAUUUAUCAUUCAGCAAGGUGUGCCAAUCCACGAGAUAAAGCGUACGCGCUUUUAAGUUUGGCUGCCCCCUGCUGCCAGAACGCUGUUCCUGUUGAUUACGAUAAGUCCGUAUACGAUUUGUGGAACGUCUUGCUCGCGCAUCACUUGUCGGUACAUUGCACAUAUGCUACUACUAUUGAUAAUAUUCCGACUGCCAUCCGAGGGGCGAAUGGCUAUGUUGAUAGCCAACGAAUCAAGCAAGCCAUAGCGAUACGCAAUCUUCUCUCAGCUCGGACGCCACCAAAGCAGUGCCAUCAGCUUACGGCAAAACUAACACGUCUUUUCUCGGUGUCUAAUGAACUGCAAGUUAAUUUUACAGAAUGUGAAACCAUAAGCAUGAUCGGCACUAUUUCAUCACCUAUCUACCAUGUUAGUCCUCCGCUUGGAAAUACUGGGCGUCCACUAGCUUGGUUGGGAUCAAAAUCUGCGCUCGAAGUGUUUCACUCAGCAAGCAAGAUCAAAGAACACUUAGAUCAAGGGUUGUCUUCGCAUAACGCUCGAAAUUAUGUUACUGCACCCGGCCAACGUCCACACUCCAUUGCCAACUUUUCAAAUGAGAUAGAUCUCAUUCAGGAAAUUCCGAGCGUACAUCAAACGCCCAAUUCUCGUUUUGUAGAUACAUCCGGACGAAUGAAUGGCCAUGCGCCAGUCCAGGGCCUGUAUGUCAGUAGAGCUUUGGACGCCUCAGAGCCUGUUGCAUCAUAUGAGUAUGAUUCUCUAGUUGAAUUACUUAACAUCCUCGAAAGCAUGAUCGCCAACAGCUGUUUACCAAAUCCUUGCGUCCUGGCUGUCGAAGAAAGUGGCAAAGCAGUACUCGCUCCGCCCAACACUAAGCUAGGGGACUUCAUAUGCAAACUAGAGUCAAGUUCAAUAUAUCUGAUCCUACGUCCGAACGGAGUAAGUACACCACUUUUUGGUGCCGGUAUUGAUUCCCGGAGGAUCAAUAGAGACGCACUUUUUAAUAGCAAUCUCUACACUAUUGUCGGUCGAGCCAUAAGUCUAUUCUCUUCGGAUCCUGGGUGGAAUUUUCCUCUCUAUGACGUUCCAUUGAUUAAUAUUUACGUUGACGCGCCGGUCCUGCAGACCUUGACGAGGCUUUCGGCGGUGAGUGAGCCUGCGGCUUUUGUUGAUCAAGAUGCUGGAGAUGUUCAGGAGAAUGAUAAUGGGACUUGGGGUAGAGCGGCUUUACCAAUAUAUGAUAUGGAGGUGGACAUUGAAUUGGGGGGUUGUUGGAGUUAA